AUGGGGAACAUUGGCUCCGGAACCAGGGACCAGAUCUUCAUCGACGCUUUUAGCGUCUCCCCCAUGGGGAAGUCAACGAGGGAGCCAACCAGAUUCGGAAGGUCUCGACCGAUCGUACGGAUUGCUCCUAAUGAGUACAGUAUCGACGAUCCUGCAGCAGCCAAAGUCAUUUACGGCAGUGGUCGAGGGUUUGUCAAGUCUCCGUGGUACCAAGCCAGCGGUAGCCCUUACAGCACCGUCACGAACAUAUUUACCGAGCCCGAUCCUCACCUCCAUGCUACGGCAAGACGAAAAAUCGCAGCCGCAUACUCGAUGACCAGCUUAGUCCAGCUGGAGCGGUUUGUCGACGAGUGCACAGCUGUCUUGCGUACGAGGCUGGAAGAAUUCGCGGAGUCAGGCGCCUCAGUUGACAUCUCCCAUUGGAUGCAAUGCUAUGCCUUUGAUGUUAUUGGCAAGAUCACAAUGGGGUCGAAGAAGCUUUCAGGCCUCCAGAACGUUAGGAAUUUUGCCACUACAUGGGUAGAGGCAAAGGUGGCGAGGUUCCAGUCAGAGAAAGACUGGACCAGCCCCAACGCAACCACUGAUAUCAUAACGAGACUUCUAAGAGGUCACGAUAAUGAUCCAGGGAAGAUCAGCAAAGCUGAAAUACUCACUGCCGGCAUUAUGAACGUCGGGGCUGGUUCUGAUACGACAUCAAUCGCCUUCUCAGCAGCAAUUUUCAAUCUCCUGAAGCACCCAAGUAGCCUACGGCAAUUGCAGGAGGAGAUCAGAGAAUACGAAGCACGCGGCAUAAUCUCAGACCCUAUUAAGUUUUCCGAAGCUCAGAAAAUGCCUUACUUACAAGCUGUUAUAAAGGAAGCUCUGAGAGCUGUUGUCGGUAUCAACUCUUGGGUGGCUCACGCCAAUCAAGAGGUUUUCGGCCCUGACGCUAAUGCAUUUAGACCAGAACGAUGGCUGGAAGAGCCAGAAGUAGUCAAGAAGCGCGAGUCCUACUUCAUGGCGUUUGGGCAAGGAUCCCGUACAUGCAUCGGCAAGAACAUUAGCCUGAUGGAGCUAUCCAAGGUGAUUCCACAAAUAGUCCGCCAUUUUAACCUCACGCCAGAUACGGAUUCAAAUAAGCCUGAGUGGAGAAUAGAGAACGUCUGGUUUGUGAAGACGAGAGACUUCUAUUGCAAGGUCUCGAAGAUCUCAUAG